AUGGAGGCCCGCAGGAGCAGCAGGUCAGGGAACCGCACAGUGAGCGCCGCUGUGCAAGAGCACCUACGGGAGCUGUGUCUGCGGGAGUUCCCGUGCGGCACCGGCAGCUGGAAUAAGUCGCGCUUUCUUCCUCAAACUUGGCGAACAUGGAAGGAGCUGGUCCCCAGAGAGGUGGACAAGGCAGGCCCUGAGGAGGAGACCGUGGAGACCCUGCUGGGCCUGGUCCGCAGCCCCCACUCCCCGUGGGCGCUGCUGAAGGAUUCGAGUGAUGAAGACCAUUUUCUGAGAGAACUGGCUAUCCAGAAUCCACUGAUGAUCACUGACACAUUUUUCUACUCCUACUUCCGGUCGUUGCGGGUGGUGGACAAGGAGGUGAGCCAGGUGGAUAAAGACCUCCUAAAAUUUCUAAAGCUGGAAGAUUUGAUACUGAGUGCCAAUCGAAUCAAGGAGAUCAAUGCUGCCAAUCUGCCUCCAACACUCAAGGUGCUGGAGCUCUACGGCAAUGAGAUCUGCAGCUUGGAGGGUCUGUGCGCUCACCCGCCCCCGCCGGGUCUCCAGCACUUGGGGUUGGGCCACAACAAACUCCAGGGCCCUCUGGAAAGUCUGUACCUCUCCUCCAGUCACUGGCCCAAACUUGUCUCUCUGGACCUGAGCUUUAAUGACCUGAUGGACCUGCAGGGCAUGCUGGCCAGUCUCAGGACGCUCAAACAUCUGCGGCUGCUGGUGCUGCAGGGGAACCCGCUGGCCCUGGUGCCCUACUACCGCGGCUUCACCAUUGAUAACCUGUCCAGGCUCUGUGUGCUAGAUGAUGUCACCGUGUCUCCAAAUGAGAAGCAUCAGUUCCGGGGGUUCAGCCUCCAUGGUGAUUUCUUGGCACAUGAGGCACAGCUUGUGGUGACUAUUGGAAAUGUCAGAGGGGUUCUGGAUACCUCUAUCUUAGACCUGGAGCCUGGACCAGAAGGCCCCUUUGUCACCUACAGCUAUUACGUGACCUACGAUUUCGUGGAAGAUGAGGAACGCGAAGAAGAGAACGACUACAAGGGUGUGCUGGCCGAGAUUGUCAGUCCCUCUUCCUGCACAGAAUUAUUUACUGCAGAGGAAUUUUCUGAAGAGUUCACAAUAGAGUCUGAGGAGUCUGUGGAGUCUGAGUUAGCUGAUACGGCAGAUUCAGUGUCAUCCAUUGCCUCAGUCAGGUCAACUGCCUUGCCGAGGGUGGUGGACUCCGCAACCGAAGAACUGGCAAAGUUGCGGCCUCGUGUAGAUCCCCGGCUCUUCCCGUCCCCAGGGACAGUCCUCUUCAGCACCGUCCGCAAGCCCUGGGCUGACAUCAUUCCUUGCAACUAUGAGAUGAAUCACACCCUCAAGGACCUGACGUCACUCAAGGCCUUUCUGCUAUCGGGGACCACCGUGACCAUCGUGGAGGAGAAGAUUCUCUCCUGGCCUUUGGGGUUCUCUGCUGCUGACAGCCCUCUGCCUGCCAAGAAAGGGAAAGGAGAGAAAGACAAGAAGGAGAAAGACAAGAAGGAGAAAGACAAGAAGGAGAAAGACAAGAAGGAGAAAGACGGGAAAGACAAGGGAGGGAAAGGGCCCAAGAAGAAGAAAGAGCCUGCCAGGGACCUCCGCCAGGACCCACCCAUCCUGCAGGUGCUGGGCAGCGGCUUGGUGGUUCUGGAGCCCUUGCUCUCAGGGGAGCCUAUGGUGUCCACUGUGUGUAACUUUGGGGUGCUCCGGACCUUGGAAACCGACAGGCUGACGCUUGCCAGGGAUUCAAAGAAGGUUAAGAAAGUUGCAAAAAAAGAAAAGAAAAAAUCUUUGACUCAGAUGUUGGACAGCGAGUACCGCCCGGAGCCCUUGACGGUGGACGUCCAGAUCCAGCUGAUCCAGUUCCGCUCCGUCGAGGAGGCGCUGACUGCUGCGUCCCCUCUGUAG